AUGUCAGAGACUCAGGAGACUUCCACUGCUCGGGCACCAUUCAAUAAUCCAGACCAUGACAUCGUCCUCCGCUCCACCGAUGGUGUCGACUUUCAUCAUUUCAAGCUCAUCCUGUCGCUAGUUUCACCCAUGUUCGAUGGCAUGUUCACGUUACCGCAGAGCAAAUCAGAACUAGCUGUACCUGUCAUCCUAGUACCUGAGCCCAGCACAAUCCUCUACCCACUACUUCUGCUUUCUUACCCAUCCGCCGGUGCUGACCCGAUUUUCAAUAACAUCGAUGACGCGAGUGCGGUAUUGGAAGCAGCCAGGAAGUAUCAGAUGGACGCGAUUAUCUACCGUAUAGGAGAUCUCGUCGCUGCUCAGUUCCUGCCAGCACAUCCACUCGGUGUCUAUGCUGUGUCUUGUUUGGCCGGAUGGGAGCAUCAUGCUCGGACAGCCGCUGCCCGGAGCCUUGAGAUCAAAAGUCUAGGACGACCAAGCUCUGAGUUUGCUGGUAUGGGGGCCAUUGGUGCCGUCGAUUACCAUAGGCUCCUCAAAUACCAUUAUGAAUGUGGCGUUGCUGCUCAAGCAGUUGGAGAAUCUCUUGAAUGGCUGCCGUCGACCCCAUACAUCAAGCGCAUGCAGAUGUGGCAAUGCGUUGCUUGCAGAAGAGGCCCCGCGUUUGGCAGGCUGGCAAUCCAAAUCGCCAGUUUUGGAAAGUUGACGGUUACCCCGUGGUUUGAAAAGUACCUACUUGCGAGUAGAAAGGAGUUGGCCAAUAGGCCUUGCGAGCUGACCCUAUGGGAGUCUGCCGAGUCUGCAUCUUACGAUCGCGCCAUUGUCAAAGCACGUGACUGCUUGGCUUGCCAAUUUGUGGCUCACCACGAAUUGAAUACAUUCCGUACCUUCUACAUCAAUGAAGUUAAGAAGGCCAUUGCAAAGGUGAAUCUGGCUUCUUGA